AGCAACAUCCCACCAGGUUACUGAGAAGGCUCUGAGAAGGUUUUGAGACCCGAGCUGCGCCGCAAUAAAAGCUACCAAAGACACCCAAACCGUAUUUUCUGCGCUGAUCUAACCCCACCUUCUGUCAUCAACACGCCUUUAACCCCUGCCCUAUGUCUUAUCCGCCAGAAAUAGCACCAAAAAUCAAACAGGAGCCGUCCAGUAUGGGCGUCUUCAGUGAAAGAGCCGGGUAUGACUCGCAGAGCUACGAUGAUUAUGAGCAUUUUGAAGAGUCAGACGGCCGCAAAAAAGGCAAGCCGCCGGGGCACAGACCCGUCACUAGUUGUACGUUUUGUCGCCAGCACAAGAUCAAGUGCGAUGCAUCGGAGCGGGCACCCCUUCCAUGUCAUAGAUGUGAGAAAAUGAGUCUAUCGUGUGAAAUUGACCCGCAAUUCCGCCCGAAAAAGGGCUCACAGAUGCAGAGUUUGCGGGAGGAUGUGGAUGAGUUGAAAUCAAAGUUGGAGUACCUCCAGGAGAAGAACGAGGGGUUGCUAUCGCAGGUAGCCGCCGCGCCGCCGGUAAGAGGGGCCCUGAUCCCCAACUAUGAUAGCACCACGGAUGGCUAUGCGGUCGCGCCGAUGAUCCGCCACGUCUCCUCCACCGCAGAAACCUUUCUCCAACGCGAACCCUCUCUAGUGACCUCCCCCGACGCCCGGCCGGCGAAGCGCGCCUCAACCGCCUUCAACGACUCCGUCCCUACCAACGACCGCACAACUGUCGACGAGCCCAGCAAAAAGUUCAAGCCGGACACCCCCGAAGUUUUCUCCGAAUUCGUCCUCGGCGACGUGCACCUCCUGUUGGAAAAAGCAUCCUCUUUACACCGCAAGUUUAUCACGGACUACCUUCCGUUCCUCCCGAUCUUGACCUCCGACAGCGCCGCGGAGUUGUACCAGCAAUCGCAGUUGCUCUUCUGGACGGUGAUGCUCACGGCGUGCCUUUCCGAGCCGGAUCCCACGAUCCACCGGCUGCUCGCAUCCUUGAUUAAACAGCUCGCGAUCGAGACGUGCUGGAUCCGCACGCCACGGUCCACGCACAUCAUCCAGGCGUUGAUCAUUCUCUCAUUCUGGCCGUUGCCAAACGAAAAGGUGCUCGAUGACGUGGCGUACCGCUUUGUGGGGUUGGCAAAGAACUUGAGCUUGCAGCUAGGACUCCACCGUGGCAAGUUCAUCAGCGAGUUCUCGCGGACCCAGGUGGCAUUGCCCAAUGCCGAAAAGUGGCGCACGCGCUCGUGGUUGUCGGUGUUCUUUGCCGAGCAGUUCUGGUCGUCAAACUUGGGGCUUCCACCGUUGCUCGAAACCGACUAUCUCCUCGAAACGGCGCGGAUCGACACCGAGUUACCCAAGAACUUUCGCUGUUUGAUCUCGCUCGCCAUAUUCCAGUCCAAAUUAGUCAGCAUGAUGGGCUCCAGCGUGACCAGCCCUGACGGCCUCAUGGAGGCUAAGAACCGGUCGGGGACCCUCUCCAUCUUGGACCGUGAGCUCGAGCGCUUGGCGUUCAAGUUACAGAUCGACGCCCCGUCUGUGGAGAUCUACUUUCUCUACGUCAAGUUGAUGAUCUGCUGCUUUGCUUUUCUCCCGGGAACCCCCAUUGAGGACCAGACAAAGUACGUGACCGACGCCUAUUUGGCCUCUACGCGGAUUGUCACGAUCCUCUCGAAGAUGAUAGAGCAGCGCCAACUCAUCGAAUUGCCCAUGUACGUGCGUCAUCCCGUGUCGUUUGCCGUGUUGGUGUUGUUCCGCUUGCACCUAACGGACUUGCUCGAAGAGAAGUACGUUGACUCGGCCCGUCAGUCCAUCGUCACCGUCCACCGAUUGUACCGCAACAUGCUCUCCGCAUGGAAGGAUAUCCAGAACGAUCUCUCGCGCACGGCCAGUGUGUUGGAGAAGCUCAACUAUGUCAUCAUCACAUGUCCUGAAUUGUUCACAACCCAUACGGACGGCAUCAUCUCGCGAAUGCGCUCGCAUCUCACAGGGUCUCUCUUUUACGACUUGAUCUGGUGUAUCCACGAGGCAAGACGGCGGAGCUUGCUCCCUAAUAAGGAAAAGCUUGUGGGAGGCCCGCCGCCGUUGCCGUUCUACAACCAGAUCACCAAGGACGAUUUUACGACUCUUACCCAGACGACCCCUGGUGGUACCACCAUUACGACCUUGGUGCCGACCCACCAAGCCAUGAGCCAGGCAACGCAUAAGGCCACCGCCGCCGGUUUGACCAAACCGACCGAGAUCAACGGGAUUCCCAUCGCCUUGCUCGAGGCUACGGGCAGUGUCAAUGAGAAAAAGAGCGUGUUGCCUACUGUUUCGCUCCAGGCUGCGGAUGAAAACUCUAAAGGCGGCUACACCGCAUUUCCGGAUGUCUCCGACGGGGUGUACCCGGUUGUGUCAUCUCCUGGUGUGUCAGCUCUUCUCCAGUCACCCCAGCCGGUGAACCAUGCGCACGCCCCUAUUGCCCCUGCGGAGCAUGAUACGAAGGGCCCGGUCCACCUGUUAAACCGCGUCGUCUCGGCAUCCCCGGCCUUUGGCCAGCUGUUGUACCCCAAGCAGAGAGCGUCGCUCUUCUCACGGACGCCGUCAGUUACCAACAUGAACCAGGGUCAGUUUUCGCAGGGGUUGAAUAUGUUCAACAUGGGAAGCAACCCGCCGGUCGAGUUGCCCGAACUGUUUGACAACUUCUUCCAGCAACAGACGUUGGAUAACUGGAAUGAGAACGGAGAUGACUUUUUGGGCUGGUUCGACGGCUCAAAUAUGGGUCCAGAGUUUUAAAGGCAAUGGGGGGGAGGGGCAUAGGGUAGGGAUGCUUAUCUGACGUAAUGCUGUUUCAAAGAGUCGCCAUCGUAGAGAUAUGGGUUGUGUGUCAGAUUAGAAGGUGAUGUUAAAAUCCCCUGCGAUGGAUAUUUCGUUAUUUGGCUGUAGUGAAUACGUACCUUUACUAAAUAGCAUAUUACAGACAACGUUAGUGAUUUCAA